AUGACACCGCCUGACUUCAGUCCGGAUCCAGGAUCUACAACUGUCUCCCUUGAGACAACCUCGCAGAUUACCGAUGCUGCGCUGCUACGUCGGUCCCCCAUAUCUAUUCCCAUGGGCGAUACUCUAUCUGAGGGAAUGCACGGCACAGACUGGUCUGGUCUUUCGCAUAUAUCCGGCUCCGGAAACAGGUCGAAUUCCGAAUUACCCACGAACUUUCCUUCAAACGGAAUAAACUACUUCAAUGAGUUGUCUACCGACUUCAACUUACCACUCGCCUGGAUGAUCCCAGUGAACGAAACUUCCUUUCAGAUGCCAUGCACACUCGAGUCGGGCAUAUCAGAUUCCUACAUAUCCAGUUAUGGCAACAUGGUCGCUAUAGAGCCCACUGAUAAUGACGAACUUCCAAGACCUGAGGUCGAAUCACACAUUACUGUUGAGGCCCACAGGAGGGUCUUGGACAAGACUGCAGGCACAGUAGAUUCUUAUCUGACGUCCUCAUGCCCGCCGUUUCCUAUGCUCGAAGAAAACACAUUACAAAUUGUAGGCGCUGAAAUUUUCGGUCAUGUAAGUGCAAUAUCUACAAAAGCCUACACAGAUGCACGCUCCUUUUACAUCUCGGAACGCGGUCAUGAUGACAUGCUCUUUCCCCACUCUCAAAUGCUCCAUGCUUUUGUAGAGUUGUACUUCGAGUAUUUCGAUCCAUACCUUCCCUUUUUGCAUCCAGUCAGAGUUGAAAGAGGUGACAUUUGCGGAGUCCUUCUGAUAGCAGUCGCCGCCAUUGGAAGUCAGUACUCUGAAGCGAAAGACGCACCUACGUAUACUACAGUGCUUCACUACUUGCUACGGAAAGCUAUCAAAGUUCAUAUCUUUACAAGACGAACAGAGAUGUCCUUCGCCCAGAGCGUGCUACUGCGGGAUGUAGGACUUCUCGCAUCUGGCCGCAAAUCAGACCAUGCUGUGUUGCAGCGAGAGCGAAAUAUGAUCACGAACUUGUGCCGCUCUCUAUCCACUCGCGCAGGUGCCCCUGACAGCGAGGACUUUGUAGUAGACCAAAAUUUGGAUCACGGAUGGAUGCCAUGGUUGCAAGGAGAAGAAGUUGUUCGUCUCGUUCACUGCGUAUACACACUAGAAUGUUUCCAGUUGAUCUUGUUCGACCAGCGUCCGCUCUUCAGAGUCACAGAUUUCGCCCAGCGCUUGCCUUGCACUCAUGUUGUCUGGAAGUGUCGCACUGAGAAAUCAUGGAAUGAGCAGAAGCGUUACAAAGCCUCCGACAACCAAGCGUCAAGAUUCGAUCACUUCGCCAGCAAUAUUCGAAUCUUAAGUCUGUACGCUGACGAGAGAGCUAUUUUGGACCAGGUGCGAUCUUCACAGCGCUUGAGCGCCCUACUGAAGCCCGAAUUGGCGACCGCUCUACAAGAACAAGAUGUCAACUCCAAUCGAGAUAGUCUACUAUCCUCUGGGGUCUCUCCAGAUGAAAUUACAUACUUGGACCAAAGGAUUGAAGACGCCAUCGCAUCUACACAUCUCUCAUGCCAUGCUGGCGAUCAUACCAUGUACGAUCCAGUUGUGCACGUCAUUUCUAUACUAAGGAACAUCCCACUACGGAUGAUUUACGCCUCAGUAGGAUGGCAAGCGAACCUCGCUGAAAUGCAAAAGACAAGGGAAAGACUGAAAGAGUAUUUGCGACGCAACCCGGAUACAGCCAGGAUAUGCUUGUGGCACGCAGCUCAGAUAUACGCGUUUACUCGGAAUGAUCGUCAUCCUGCAUAUUAUGCAACCCUUUCGUUCGCUAUCGCUGUCACCUACAUACUUCUCUAUGACCAAAUACUGAGCCAAAAGAAUACGUCAAGGGAUCUAGUUCGUCUAGACAAGAUCAAAGAAAAGACCGACAUAACUGCAUGGGCAAGAGACGGCGAGGAUUACUAG